UCAUGGCGGUGGACCUAUCGAUAUCGAAAUCCGAGUACAUGGAGUCGGCAUCUUCUUGCCUAGCGUGAACCUAGUACGUGAGCCUGAAUCCAGUCGAUCCAAGUUUUGGAGAAGGAUCCCCUUACCCACCCCCCGCCGGAAAGCAAUCGAUCCCCCGCAGCCGCGUCACGCCGUCGGCCUCAGGCCCCCGCCGCUGCGUCACGCCGUCGGCCUCAGGCCCCCGCUGCUGCGUCACGCCGUCGGCCUCAGGCUCCGCGGCUGCGUCACGCCGUCGGCCUCAGGCUCCGCGGCUGCGUCACGCCGUCGGCCUCAGCCCCCCGCCGCUGCGUCACGCCGUCGGUGUCAGGCCCCGCCGCUGCGUCACGCCGUCGACCUUAAGCCUCCGCCGCUGCGGCACGCCGUCGACCUCAAGCCUCCGGAGUCAGGCCUCCGCCGCUGCGUCACGCGGUCAUGGGUCGCCGUGGCAAGAAGCGUCAGACCCAUGAGAAGAAGCCGCAUGUCAAUGCCGCGCGUCCUUCACUCCCUUCUUUUCUGGAGUCGGUCGAUAAGGAAUAUAUACUGUAUUUCAGCCUAGAUGGUGAGCCAAUGGAUGUUUUGCGCAGCUAUAUCAAAUAUGUAAGAUCAGUAUGGUCCCUGGGCUUCAAACGUGGCCUCAAGAUCGACGCCACGAAAGUUUUUGGAACACACCAGAGAAUUUGCACGACACCGAUAGAAGGCGCAGUUUAUGUUGUCGUGCAGUUGGGAAACUUGUUAGCUGUUUUUGUCAUAAAAGGUGACGAGUGGUGGCUCAAAGGAUACUACUUGGGAAACAAAGCUAUCGAAUUUGACCCUGGUACAGAAGGCAAACAGUACAUCAAAGGGUCAGUGCUCUUAAAUUUCACCGGAAACCACUACAGAAUUUCUGAAGGGGACCCUGGAUCGCUAUACGUGGGUCAUGAAUCCCUCGUAGUUGCUGUGAAAGAUGUGAUCCUGAGUAAUGGAAGACCCAAGAGGACAUCUCUAGGAGUAAUUGAGACGUACCUCUGCGAAGGUCCAAGGCUUAAGGAGGCUUAUGACGCCCUCAAGCUUUCUCUUGUUUUGAAACAUGUUAGCCGCCUUGAGUACGUGAAUUCUCUGAUAACAAUGCUGAUUCGGCAAUGGCAAACACUGAGCUUCAACUUGAUGCACUAUAUACGUGAUCUUGAGAUAGGAGAAACUCCGAAGCCACUGAGAGCAAUAUUCGAAAUUCCUGGAUCAGAUUCGCCCGAAUGGAUCGUGUCAAACGUCAAAAUGCUCUACGUCAAUGCCCUGAAACAGAGCGAUGACAUAGCAGGUUUUGGGAUGCCGUCUGGGCGCAAGGGUGGAGGUACGACACAGGAUGUGACUCUAGCAUCCUAUUAUCCACCUAAGAGGCACUUGUCUACUGCAGGGUAUUGGGUGCAGGGUCUAUCGACUGGACUGAUUGGAACAUUCUCUCGGGAUCAAGUUAGCAGCCUUGGCUGUAUGGUUGUGCUCAGGCGCCACCAGACAACAAGUGUCUUUGAAAGAUCACUCUUCCAAGAGCUGUAUGACUGGAAGUCCCGUGCUCCAACAGUGAGUGGGCAAAAUAGUCAUAGAUCUCCUAUGCUUGCCAUGGUAAGUGAGGCCACAUCCUCCCAAAAUCAGGCUCUUCAUUCUGGAUGCUUCAGUAAUCUUCGAAUACAUCAAGCUAAAGCAGCUUCUCAGUAAUUUUCGUUGAGAGUCAGGCCACCUGAUCCCGCCCGAUGCUGGCCGGAAGAGAGACUGGAGAGAUGCGUGGAGCUUUGUAUAUGAUCCAGUUAGCUCUUGGUUGAGUCUUCCUGAAGUGGUGACUGGCGUUAUGCUGUGGCGGAGCACGCCGCCGGCGCACACGAGCUGCCCGCGGUGGCUAGUGGCGGUGGUGCUGCGUGCAACCAGAGAGAGAUGGCUGUGACUCCUUCAAUAAGAUAUGAAAAAGGAAUGGAUUUUAUCACUGAAGUAGGAUCUUUGUGAGGUUGUGCAAACUACUUGUAAAAAGUAUAAAGAGAAGUUUUUUUUUU